AAGCACUGGGUGCAACGUUUGUAAAAUGAUAUACACCAUACUGCCUACACCUCAGAUUUUAUAGUGGCACUACUACUACUGGUACCUGCAUUCUGGGCACUCUGAUUAUAAAGUGGAACAAUAAUAGUACAUCUGCCCAGAUAGGGUCAUACACCUGCCAUCAUUUAGAAAAAAAGAAACAAUCAGAAUGCAUUUCCACAAAACCAAACUUCAUGCCAUGACCUCCUCAGCAUGCCUCACAAUAACUGCAGCCCGUGCCUAUUCGAGCUUGCAGCAGUGGCUCAGAGCCUCCGCUUAACAAAGGGUUAAGUCCCUAUGCCGCUUGUUGAAUGAUCUCACAGCCGCUCACUGUCACAUUGUUUCUGCUGCUGUGUGCAGGAGCGGAGCCGCCACAGAGAGAGCGAGGCACUCACUGCUGCAGCACCACACACACAGAGCCAUCUCCCACUAUCCCGGGGAGGGGAAGGAAGGAGUCAGGGCUGCUGCUCUCAUUUAUAAUCCUGCUGCUGCCGCUGCCACUGCCUGUGGAAGUGAAGAUGGCGGCUCCCAUCCCCACCAAGCCAGGCACCGUCGGGGGAAUCAGCAAACCUGCUUCCCCCGAGCUGGAUUUCAGGUCAGGAGCACGGGUAGAGGAAUUAAACAAACUCAUCCAGGAAUUUAACAAACAUGAUCAGCGGGAAUACGACGAUCAGAGAGCCCUGGAGAUCCACACUGCGAAGGACUUCAUCUUCUCCAUGCUAGGCAUGGUGCAGAAACUAGACCAGAAGCUGCCAGUCGCUAAUGAAUAUUUGUUGCUUUCUGGUGGUGUCCGAGAAGGAGUCGUGGACUUGGACCUUGAUGAGCUAAAUGUGUAUGCCCGUGGAACAGACUAUGACAUGGACUUUACUUUGCUGGUACCAGCUUUAAAACUUCAUGACCGGAACCAGCCGGUCACACUGGAUAUGCGCCAUUCUGCUCUGUGUCACUCAUGGCUCAGCCUUCGAUUGUUUGAUGAAGGGACCAUUUCAAAGUGGAAAGAUUGUUGUACAAUAGUUGAUCAUAUCAAUGGGGCGACUAACUACUUUUUCUCCCCUACGAAAGUAGCAGAUUGGUUCCAUGAGUCAAUCAGCAUUGUCCUGUCAGAGAUUCAGAAGAAACCGCAGAGAGGGAUGCCUAAGGUGGAGAAGGUAGAGAAGAAUGGAACAAUCAUUUCCAUCAUUUUAGGUGUGGGGAGCAGUCGCAUGAUGUAUGAUAUUGUGCCUGUUGUCUCAUUCAAAGGGUGGCCAGCUGUAGCUCAAAGUUGGUUAAUGGAAAAUCAUUUUUGGGAUGGCAAAAUUACGGAAGAAGAAGUCAUCAGUGGCUUUUAUUUAGUGCCAGCUUGCUCUUUUAAAGGUAAAAAAGAUAAUGAAUGGAGGUUGUCAUUUGCCAGAAGCGAGGUGCAGCUAAAGAAAUGCAUUUCCAGUAGCUUAAUGCAAGCCUAUCAAGCUUGUAAAGCCAUAAUCAUUAAGCUUUUAUCAAGACCAAAAGCUAUUAGUCCGUACCAUUUGCGUAGUAUGAUGCUAUGGGCUUGUGAUAGACUGCCGGCUAAUUACUUAGCUCAGGAAGAUUUUGCUGCCCACUUCCUAUUGGGACUUAUUGAUGAUCUGCAGAAUUGCUUAGUCAACAAAAUGUGCCCCAAUUACUUCAUUCCUCAGUGCAAUAUGCUAGAGCACCUUUCAGAGGAGACAGUCAUGUUACAUGCCAGGAAGCUGUCUUCCGUAAGAUCAGACCCAGCAGAACAUCUCCGGACAGCCAUAGAGCACGUCAAGGCAGCCAACAGGCUUACCAUGGAUCUCCAGAGAAGAGGAAGCACCACUAGCAUACCAUCGCCACAAUCUGAUGGAGGCGGCGACAACCAGCCAGAUGAUCGGUUAGCCAAAAAAUUACAACAGUUAGUGACUGAGAAUCCAGGAAAAUCAAUCUCCGUCUUCAUCAACCCUGAUGAUGUAACCAGGCCUCACUUUAGGAUUGAUGACAAGUUUUUCUAAAACUCUCAGAUGCUUACAUUAAGAUUGGAUGUGUAGUCUGUGUGAUGUCUCUUGUUUUUUACAUAUCCAGCAUAGAUUGGAUCUGACAAGAACAAUAUGAACCUUUUUAAUCCUGUUUGUACAGGACUUUGCAACUUUUGAAACAGUAUAUUACUAUUUCAUAUGCUGCUUUAUCAUUUUUAGUUUUAAGGGAGAACAUAAGCCUUAAUGACCAUUUUAUGUUUGCUAUUGUCUAUUUAAUUUGUAUACAUGUUAAAAAGUCUGAUUUAUGUUUUGGGAAUAAAUUAAUCACAUUGGGCUUCCAUUGUUUUACAUAAGGCAAAGGCAACGUUUGGUACUCCCAGAUAGUGCUGAGUUACAUCUCUGACACUGCUGAACCUGUGUUGCCAGUCUCAGCUCUACAUUAUACACGGGAGACUUGUACGCUUGUGUUCUUCUUCCAAACAUAUUGUGUUUAUGGAGAAGUGCUCUCGAUUAAGUAUAUUUGUUGUUUCUAUACAAGAGGUCCUCAAACGCAGUUCUCCAGGUACCCCAACAGUAACAAAUUAGCACCUCAGCCAAUUUGAUUUAACAAUCUGUCCUGAGCAAUGGGUAUACCUAAAACAUGGACCGUUGGGGGUGCCUUGAGGACCGCAUUUGAGAACCUCUGCUCUAUACAGUUCUAAGAACAUGUUUAAAGCUAUAUAGGUAAAUGUGCAAAUAAACUCAUUCUAGUUAGAGAACUCAACAUCCUAUUAAAGUCUCAUUCAUUUUAUGUCUAAUUGGAAUGAUUCCACUUCUGUUCUGUUUUCAGAAGUUUCAAUCCAAAGAAUGUUUUAGAGCUUUUAAAUUAUUAAUUCUUUCUUUUCCUUUCUAGGUACAGUUUCUAUUGUAGAAAGGUGUAAAAAGUUCUGACUAUACACUGUACGUAAGAGCAUUGAUGCUAUUCUGCCUACAUACUUUAUUUACCACUGGAAUCUAUGGCAUGUUACAUCAGAGGUUUGCUGCAGGAUAUAAUACAGUACAUGCAAUAUAAUUUAUCUCUUAAGUAGAAUAUAAUUACAGAACGGUCUUGAAUGUUUGAAACAUUUUAUUUAGUAUAGAUUGUAGAGGUUCUGACGUUGUGAGGUACAUCAGACUUUGAGACCGAGUCUGUAGAAUUACUGUACAGCAAAUAAACAGAUACAGUUGAUGACAUUCAGCAAUUUUAUACACAGUCCUGUGAGACCGAAAGUGUAAAAUCUGUAAGAAACCUUUUCUACUGCAUUGUUUCAAGCAGCAGUUAUCCAGCAAUUAGCUCUCACAUGGACGUAUGGUGACAUUGUCUCCAUCAAGAUUAUCUGCUUCUUAAAUAUAUAUACAUUGUGCAGUGGUGAGCUGCACUAGUUAGUGAAUCAUGUUAAAACUUAAAAGGGAGAAAUAAACCGUGCCUAAUAGUGCUAGAACAGGCAUAAAACUGUGCAAAGUGCAAUCGGUAAAGAAUAUUGCUUAUCUUUAAAUCCGUCUGUUCCUGGGUGUGUCAUGAGUCCAACUGGACCAAAUGAAAAUAUGUAUAUAAAAAGAGAAAGUGUAGAUAAUAAUCACAACUUAGUGCAUAUUUCUUAAGACCAUAUAUCGGACAAUAAACUCUUGUUAAUAUAAGGUGGUAUAGUGCACCAUGGGUUUAAGUCGGAACUUAUAGUCCCAGUAUUUUAUACCCAAUACAAGAUAACUUAGUUAAACAAGAAUUUAUUAAUAAAAUAAAACUAUUGUGCAAGGAUAGAGCAAAAGACAAAUAGUAGGUGUCAAACGUACAAUAAUAGCGCUGAUCUGACCAGUCAAGGAGUCCAGGUAAUUAGGUCUGCCCCAGCGGGUUUCGUCUUAUGCAGUAGGUCAGACUUCAUCAAGGGAAAGUAUAUAUACUGAACUGAUUUAUACAGGCAUUUUUUUUCUUUUGUUUCCUGUCACUGUUGGCAAUUCUUCUAAUACAGGUGGCAUUCUAAGAGAGGAGAGAGACUAUGAAGGAGUUAUUUACAAAAAACAAAACAACAAAGGAGUUUUAGCAAUUCAGAUAAAGAGGACAGGUGACCCUAGAAAUGCAUCAUAAGUAUUACGCUUUAGGUCAACCAUUCAAUAUCAAAAACAAAUUUAUAUGUUAUUACUUAUUAAGGAAAUAAAUUAACCAUUUUUUUAUGGAAUACCAAUUUAUAAAUAAGUUAUUUAUGUAAGUGUUCUGUAUUGAUCUGGACUAUAUUUAAUCACCACUAGUAAAACCUGCACCGAAGAGAAAAUCCUAUAGUCUAUCUUUGGAGGACUCUGGAUCUCUCUUCUUUGAAAAAUAGCAAAAUCUACCAGAAUGCUGUCUUAUUAGGGGAAGGGCAGAGACAGCAGUUGUUGUUCUACUAAAGUUUAGAUCAGUGAUUCCCAAACUUUUUUGAAUCACGGCGCCCUAGAGUACAGAUUUUUUUUCAUGGCACCCCUAGGCCAAAAGUUUCUUAUCGAGAAAUGUUAUACAGGUUGAGUAUCCCUUAUCCAAAACGCUUGGGACCAGAAGUAUUUUGGAUAUCGGAUUUUUCCGUAUUUUGGAAUAAUUGCAUACCAUAAUGAGAUAUCAUGGCGAUGGGACCCAAGUCUAAGCACAGAAUGCAUUUAUGAUUCAUAUACACCUUAUACACACAGCCUGAAGGUAAUUUUAGCCAAUGUGUUUAAUAACUUUGUGCAUUAAACAAAGUGUGUGUACAUUCACACAUUUCAUUUGUUUCAUAUACACCUUAUACACACAGCCUGAAUGUCAUUUAAUACAAUAUUUUUAAUAACUUUGUGUAUUAAACAAAGUUUGUGUACAUUGAGCCAUCAGAAAACAAAGGUUUCACUAUUUCACUCUCACUCAAAAAAUUCCGUAUUUCGGAAUAUUCCGUAUAUCGGAAUAUUUGGAUAUGGGAUACUCAACCUGUAUUAAGUAAAUUGUGUUUUAAAUGUCAUCCUUAGGUUCAGUUGUGUCGUAAGGGACCAGAUAUGCUUCUGUUUCUCCACAAAUUUAUGAUUGGAAACUACAAGCACUGGUUUUGACUAUUUACAUUGACCAUAAAUAAUUUGAAUUGGUCAUGGACCACCAAUCCACCCCUGCAAGUGUAUCAGUGCCCCCAGUUUGAGAACCACUGGUUUAGAUAAAAAAGUUCAUUUCUGGUGCUAUACAUUUCAACAUUUUUAAUAAACUCCCCCUUCGUAUAUAAAUGCCACUGAGAACAAAAGUUGUACGCUUAAGUAUUUCCAAUUUUCCAAACUAAUGUUUAUGUGAACCAGACUCCAGGUAUAAUUUGCAAGAAUUAGCAGCUGUAUAUAUAGUUUAUGUUGAAUGCAGACAGCAGGAAGGCAUAGCAAUGCCUAGUCACUGAUGGAAUAAAAAUGUAUACAAACUAACAAUAAGCAUUACCAUAUAUGCAUUAUUUGCACUAAUGUUAGUCAUGUUUUAAUUGUUUCCUACCAUAAAUAUGUGUUUACUUUCUCUUAUAUAGAAUAAACUUGUUUUUUAUUUUACUGGUCUUGGUUCUCCUUUAAAUAUGAAGUAAUUCAUUCAUCCUGCUGAAAUCCUUUGUUCUCUUUGAUUUAUGUAUAAUAUGCGUGUUUCAUACAUCAUCAACCAGAGAAGAAACUUAUGUCAUUGUGUAUCUAUGUGCUGCUAUCAGACUCGAGAUGUAUAAUUGAUAUGCAUUUUUUUUCUCAUGCAAAUUAAAAAUGGAAAUCUA